GGGUGAGUCGACACACGAUUUGGUGAUCCUAAACGUACUUGCAAGAAUUACUGUGAUGGCACAAAAUGACUUCUUAUAAACCUUUUCAACUUGAAGAUCUAUAUGACAUUAAUUCUAUAAAUUUGGACCCAUUAACAGAGAAUUACCCCCUUGACUUCUACUCGGAAUACUUGAUCAAAUGGCCCUCGUUAUUUUUCAAAUCUGUAGAAAUCAGUGACAAUUCAACCUUUGGUGAUACUAGUGAAAUAAGCGGGUAUAUGAUAGCCAAAAAUGAAGGAAAGCUUUCCAAGCUUGAGUGGCAUACGCACAUUUCGGCUGUGACAAUUCACAAUCAGUAUAGGCGAGUUGGAUUGGCCUCCGAUUUGUGCAUAUUCCUUGAAAAUAUCGUUAAUAAAGAUCCUGAUAACACCCUUUUCAUCGACUUGUUCGUUCGGGUAACAAACACAUUGGCACUCCAAUUGUAUGAAAAAUUGGGUUACAGUAUUUACAGACGAGUAGUGGGGUACUACGGGAGAAAUCUACCGCAAGAUACAAAGCAUUUAGACGAUGAAAUUGACGGUUAUGACAUGAGAAAGCUGUUGCCCGCAGAUGUAAACGACGAGACUAUCAGGCUAAAUGGACAUAAGGUGUGUGUUCUUCCACAGGACGUUGUGUUUUGAGGAAUUCACUUGGAUAACAUUGCUUAUCGAAUGACAUUGAUUACUUGAUUACAAUGGAGGUUAUUUGUUACAAGAACCUGAUCAUAUUAAUGGUUUGGUACUGUUCAUAUGUUGUUCAUGUCGUUUGUUUCGAUAAAUAACAACUCAUACAAUGACCAUUUCAUCAUUGAUUUUUUUUGCAACCAACUUGUUUUGCGAGAAUAUUAACCAAAGAAAAGCUCGAUUGGGGCAGACCAGCUACAACCCAGACUUUCAACCCCUUGUAUAUAGAAAGUACACGUCUGAUGAAUAAGUAUAUUGAAACAGGCUACAACGUCAAUAGAUGAUUCGACCAUAUGAGCCGAAGAGCCAACAAUUCCCUUUUUCGGGUGCAAACGACCCAGUUUUCUAGCCAUGGAAUCUGUUGUCAAAUAUGUGAAUCAAAGAUAUCAAAUACAAUAUCUAUGUUACACAACUAACUCGGUUCGGUUUUAAUAGCAGUGACUAAUACAUAAGGCUGAAAGCUCGGUUUUAGUGUCUCAACCGGUUGCUGCGAAACAUGCGAGCACCAGCUAUAAAAAAAGGUGACAUCCUCCUGUGUGCUAAAAUUAAUAUAAUCAAUGAAUAGAAAACAUUU